CACAUUAACGGUUGAAUUUGAUCAGAUCGGACGAAUGGCCAUCUUCACCAUUUCUCCGAUGACAAUCUCCGCCACCGCCCUCCUAAAUCAACCAUCUGCUGCCGCCGUCUCGAUACCUGCCUUUCUCCGUAAUUCUCGGUAGGCACUUCGGGUGAACCGCAGACGGAGAGCACAAAUUCUCGCGGCUUCUCUUUCGGCGAGAGACUCGUGAAUCCAUCGGUGUUUCUCUGCUUCAUUGUUUAUUCCUUGUGCAUUAACUGAAGCUUCCGAGCUCGACUCCAUUUGUUAGUCUCAUCACUGUGUAUUGCUUCAAUUGCCACUUCUGCUAAUUUCCCAGUUCAAGAAGGAAGGAGAGGGGAACAGAAGGAAAUAAAUAGGAAUCUACUAGGGAGCUUUUUGGUUAAAAAACAAAAUUUGAUUGUUCAUUCUUGCCUUUUGCGGUUUCAAGGAAGGCAUGCAUGUAAAUGAGGGCGAGGAAGUUAUGAACCAUGAUAAUGAUGCAGAUGUCGGAAUGUCAAAUCAUUUGGACUUGAAUGUGGACUGUCCUAGCCCAAAAUUAUCCAAUGUCAAUGGGGUUUGUUCUCGUCGUUCUUUGAAACAUGAUGUACUCAAACUAGGUACUGAGUUUGAUUCUGAUGAGCAAACAUAUAGAUUUUACCAUAUGUAUGCUGAGUUGGUUGGGUUCAGUGUAAGAAAAGACUGGGUCAAUAGGAGCAAGGUCCAUGGACGGGCGAUGUCAAGAAAGUUUACCUGUUCCAGACAAGGUCACCGGAAGAAAGACAAGAGGGAUGUUAAUGUGAAGAAACAUCGCAAGGAAACAGGAACAGGUUGUUUGACUUACAUGGUAGUAACUCGUCAUAUUGAUGGAAAAUACCUUGUUACUCAAUUUGAAGCAGAGCACAAUCACGAGGAUGUGAAUCUGACUGAAGCUGAGAGGUUACUGGAAUCUUCAGCAGGUAAGGGGGGACUCUGCUGAAGUUUCUGAAACUGACUCAUUGAAGAACUCAGAGAUUCAGUCAUAACUGUCCUUUCAGAUGUUUUGCCCUCCUGAAAAAUUCGAUGACCUUCAAAUAGAUGAUGAGAUUUUCUUGAGCUCCAAAAGAACAAGUGAUAUGAAGGAAGGAGAUGCUGCACGCCUGAUUUAUUAUUUCCAGGGACAGCAUUUUGUAAACUCUUCAUUCUUCUACUCACUACAACUUGGCAUUUAUGAUAAGGGUAGCAAUGUAUUUUGGGCCGAUGACAAUAUGAUAAUGGAAUAUGGCCAUUUUGGGGAUGUUGUCUGGCUAGCGUCGUGCACAAGAAACAAAAGCUUCCUUCUUCUUGUUCAGUUUGUUGGACUCAAUAAUCAUAAACAAGUCAUCAUUUUUGGUGCUGCCUUCUUAUAUGAUGACAGUGUUAAUUCCUUCAAGUGGCUUGUUCAUACUUUUGUUGAAGCGAUCUGGUAAGAAACCUAAGUUCAUUCUGUCAGAUCAGGAUGCAACGGUUGUUCAAACUAUUCAUGCAGUAUUACCAGAAACAAGCCACUGCACAUGUGCCUGGCAGAUGUAUCUGAUUGCCCUUAAACAUCUUCGCCAUGUGGUUAAGGAAUAUGAUUCUUUUGUGAUUGAUCUUAGAAGUUGUAUCUUUGGUCAUGACCAGGAGGAAGAUUUUAUCCAAGCAUGGGAGUCUGUGUUGGUGAGACAUGGCUUGUGUAAUAAUGCAUGGUUGAGAUGGAUGUAUAGAGAGAAAGAGAAAUGGGCUGUAGCAUAUGGUAGAAAUACUCUCUUUGUUGACAGAAAUGGCACACUCCUGGUGGAGCUUUUGUCUUAUAAACUCAGAAGCUGCUUAUCGCCAGAUAUUGAUGUUCUUCAGUUCUUCAAACAUUUUGAGAAUGUAGUCAAUGAACAAAGGUACAGAGAGCUAGAAUCAACCCUUGACAUGGGAAGCCAUGCUCCGGUUUUAAUGGGUAAUGCAAUCUUACUCAAGCAUCCUAGUGAGACGUAUACCCCUAAGGCUUUUGAAGUGUUUCAGAGAGAAUAUGAGAAAUGUUUAAAUGUCAUCAUUGAUAAGUGUGGUGAUCGUGAUACAAGAACUGAUUACAAAGCCAAAACAUAUGGAAAGUCCAUGGUUGCAUAUAAUUCUUUUGAUGGUACUGUUUCUUGCAACUGCAUGAAGUUUGAGCACGUAGGGUUUUUGUGCAGCUGACUUCUUGGUUGCAUAUAAUUCUCUAAAAGUCCUUGAUCAUCAAAAUAUAAAAGUUGUUCCGCAUUAUUAUAUCUUGAAGAGAUGGGCAAAAGAUGCAAGGAUUUCACCAAUUAAAGAAAGUCAUAGUUGUGCAGGUGAUGACCACAGAAAGAUUAUACCCACUCGUUAUAAAGACAUUUGCCGUAAUAUAAUGGAAAUAUCUGCCAGGGUUGCUGAAUCUGACCCAGCUUUAGAAUAUGCUUCAAGGCAACUUGAUGAAGUCAUGCGAGGAAUUGAAAGAAUCUUGAAUUUUAGAACUUUUGAGGAAGCUAAAGGUCCUCGUGCUUCAGACAACGAACUAGCUGAUGUUGGCCUUGAUAGAAAUGACUUUGAGGAUCAGGAAUGUUGAUGUGAUGAAAGGAACCACUGAAGCUGAAAGUAUAGUCCCUGAUAAAGAUCAACCGAAUCACUGUGGUGAACAAAUCCCUGGUGUGAGUUGCAAUCUAAAUAUUCGUCCUUCUCCACCUGGGACAGUUCUAUUUGUUGCAUGUGCUCCUCCCACAUACAUUUCUUCGCCAUGUCCUGCACCUUCACCAAGUCCCCUUACACAGGUAUAUUGGUUGGAUUUUGAAAAACUUCCUGAUUGGCUGUUUGUGUCCUGCCUAUUAAACCAGAUGUUUUACUGUGUAUUUUUAUUUGUAUUGAAGGGCUUAUACACCAUUGAAUCCAGUCAUAUGGUGCAGAGUAUGUAUCAAGCAUCUAAUUUAACCAUUAACCAACAAUCUAAUCCUAACAUAUAUGAACCUUCAAGUUUUUACACUAACCAACAUCAUUCUCCCAGCCAUGCUCGAUUCUUUCAAGUAAGUACAUUUACGCCUGCCAUAAAAAUAUAUUGCUUACUCUUCAUAAAAGCUUUCAGUAACCUGCUCUGUACUUCUGUCAUGCAGGACUCACUGAUUCAUAGCCAGUUUCAGGAUCCCAUGUCAAAUGGUAAUCAAUUGAAGCAGGUAAUGGACAUACAGAGCUGCUGGUGUUUAGGAUAUAAAUUGGGAAAAUUUUCAAUGGUGCUGCCCGAAAAAGAUAAAUUAUCUGGAUUCAAUGUAUUGUUAUAUACAGUACAUGGUUCAGUAUUCCUUACUGAUAUCAAGUCAGUCUUCCCCGAGUGAGGCAGGGGCCAUGAGAUGACAUACUGCUAACAGGAGUCAAGAGAACGGAAAUGCCUUAUUGAGGAGCUUAGCUUGGCUCUGCUAGUCCUGGCUGUAACUAAAGGUUACUCAGCUUUGCCCUAUAUAUUUUCCUUCCUUAUAUUGCAUUUGAAAGCCUGAGUUUCUCUGUUUCUCAUCAUACAGAGUAGGUGGCUUAAGCGUAUAUGAUCAAGGGACAGACUUGAUACUGAUUAAUUUAUCAGAUGGUGUUUCCCGCGGCCCAUGUUGUAUGCGAAAGGAUUAAAAAUUAUCUCCCCAGAAAUGUAAUUCACAAUUGUGCAACUGAUGACAGCAUCAAGUAAGUGUAUAGAGUAAAUAAAUCCCGAGCUUAGAGAGUCGGUGUUGAGUGUUCGAAUGUGAGUUGUGAUGGUUGGAAUAUAUGAUCCUCAAUUUGUAGUUGCAUAACAUGGUAGAUGUUUGUGGUUGUUGUGUGUUGAAGGGUUGAUAAUGAAGGAGAUGGAGAGAUUUGGUUAGGUGGUGCAGUAA